UUUGUGUGCGGUGUGUGCUGAGUGUACAAUGAAGAGCUCAGUGUUAGUGUCACUUUGUUUCUGUUGAUGUCGCCGGUGAUUGCUCCGGAGUCGCGAGGAUUUAACAGCCAAAUAAAUAAAUAAGUGAAUAAAUAAUAGACGUAAAGCCGGUUGGAGGUCGGAAAUGGAGCGACGGUGGCUUUUUAUUUUUGUUGUAUUUCUACCUGUGGUACUGAGUCUGGAUUUUGACGGAGUCCGGGUGUCUCGUAGUGCGCAGUCGGUUCACAUGAAGGCGGAAGGUCUGCUCGGGUCAGUGCUGGAUCAUCAUCACAGCAUUAAGAAGAGAAGCACUGAUGCAGGAGCGGAUACCUGUAAUGCUCUACAGGGGUACGAGGAGAAACUAACCAGCAACACUCACGAUUACGUUUUCAAUGAUCUAAGUGGGUCAGUGGCUAUCGCCUGGAUAGGAGAUGGAACAGGGGUUUUGCUGGCAUUGACUACAUUUCAAGUACCAUUAUUUUUGUUAAAAUUUGGCCAGUCCAAACUUUAUAGGAGUGAGGACUAUGGGAAGACAUUUGAGGACAUCACAGAGCUUAUCAAUAACACCUUUAUCAGUACUGAGUUUGGGAUCGCCAUCGGUCCUGAGAAUUCUGGAAAGGUGAUCCUAACAGGUGAUAUGUCUGGAAGCAGUGGUUCCAAGAUUUUUCUCUCCUCAAACUUUGGGAAAUCUUUUUCACAGUCAGAGCUGCCCUUCCACUCCCGCAUGCAGAUAGUGUAUAACCCUGUAAACCCUGACGUACUCAUGGCUAUUAGCAUUAAGAAUGAACUCUGGCUUUCGGAAGAUUUUGGAGGGAAGUGGAGGAACAUCCAUGACACUGUGUGUGUGGUGAAGUGGGGAACGGCCAACACGAUCUUCUUUUCUACCAACCUAAAUGGAUCCUGCUUUGACCGAGGGGAUCUGGUCCUAAUGAAGACGUUGGACUAUGGUGUCACAUUCAAGCAAAUCGCUGAAAAGAUCUUCUCGUUUGGCAUUGGUGGACGUUUCUUGUUUGCCUCGGUCAUGACCGGAACAGGUAUGAUGAGAAUGAUCCACGUGUCCAUGGAUCAGGGGGAGGAGUGGAACAUGGCCCAGCUUCCUGCAGUAGGCCAUGAGCAGUUCUAUUCUAUACUGGGAGCCAAUGAUGAGAUGGUGUUUAUGCAUGUGGAUGAACCUGGAGACACUGGGUUUGGUACCAUCUAUGUAUCAGAUGAUCGAGGCAUGGUAUACUCCAAAUCUCUGGAACGCCACCUCUACACUGCUACAAGAGGGGAUAAUGACUUCACCAAUGUUACCUCACUCAGAGGAGUCUUCAUGACCAGCAUCCUAGCUGAGGACAACUCUGUGCAGACUGUGGUGUCAUUCGAUCAGGGAGGAGAGUGGGUUCCUCUGAAGAAACCAGAGAACAGCAAGUGUGAUUCAACCUCUAAAGAUAAAAACUCAUGUAGUCUUCAUAUUCAUGCUUCCUACAGCAUGUCUGUAAAGAUGAAUGUGCCGGUGCUGCCUCUGAGUGAACCCAAUGCUGUAGGACUGGUUAUUGCUCAUGGCAGCGUGGGUGACACUAUUUCGAUACUGACCCCGGACGUGUAUGUGUCUGAUGACGGUGGGUACACAUGGAUGCGGGCUCUUGAAGGCCCCCAUCACUAUGCCAUCCUGGAUUCGGGGGGCUUACUUGUGGCUGUGGAGCAUAACCCCAACAUACCUAUUGCUCAGGUCAAGUUUUCUACAGACGAGGGUCAGUGCUGGCAUGUGUACAACUUCACUCAGGAGCCAAUCUACUUUACUGGGCUUGCCUGGGAGCCAGGGGCACGUUCCAUGAACAUUAGCAUCUGGGGCUACAGAGAUUCAGUUUUAGUCCAAAACUGGGUUUCUGUCACAAUUGAUUUCAGAGAGCUGCUCACUCGUGACUGUGGUGAUAACGACUAUGUGCAGUGGCUGGCACAUUCCGAUGACAUCAGUGACCCUGAUGAUGGCUGCAUUUUGGGUUAUAAGGAGCAUUUUCUGCGGCUCAAGAAGGACUCCGUGUGCUGGAAUGGGCGUGAUUAUGAGGUCAACAAGCAGCCCAUGCCGUGCGCCUGCACACUGGAUGAUUACCUGUGUGACUUUGGAUAUUACCGUAAGGAGAACAGCUCAGAGUGUUUGGAACAGGCUGAGCUCAAAGGCCAUGAUUUGGAGUUCUGCAUCCAUGGCAAGAAAGAACAUCUACAGACCAACGGCUAUCGGAAGAUUCCAGGAGAUAAGUGUGAGCGAGGAGUAACCUUAGAGAGAAAAGUUACUGACAUGAGCAAAAAAUGUAUCAGCAAUCUACUGGACCCACAACUGCAGAAACAGGAGCCAUCUUCGAACACAGCCCUUAUUGUUCUGGUGGUCACAGCUGUUAUUGCGAUCGUCUGUGUAGCCGGGGUUCUAAUUGUGAAGAAGUACGUCUGUGGUGGAAGGUUCCUUGUGCACAGAUACUCAGUUCUGCAGCACAAUGCAGAGGCUAAUGGUAUAGAAGGAGUGGACGAUCCUUUGGACACAAGUGUGGUCGGACAACCAAAGCCCAGCUUCCAUGACGACUCAGAUGAGGACCUUCUGGAAUAACAGCAGCGAUUCAGCACCAGCAGGAACUGGAAGCACUCCGUCUCAUUUAUUACCUAGGGCGUCUUCGCUGCUGUUUCUAUUCCUGCUUUAAAUCACAGCCCACCUCCAGGUUCUUCUGGCCUCACUAACUCUCCUCCAGUUCCUGUUGCUCCAGUAGGAGUGGCUUUCUGUUCUCAUUUUAAGAGUAUCUCAUGAAUGUAGCUGUAACUGGCAGAACCAGAAUAACGCAGGGCGGCAGCUAAAUAAUCUUGCUGACUUAGUAGGAGGGCCUAUCUCGACCUGUCUAAGCGCUUACUCGUGCAGAAGCUUUUACUUCUUUAUGUGGAAAUGGUGGUAGGUCAGAAUCAUAGCAACUGGGUGUAAUAUGUUAGCACAGGAUUACCAUUGCACAAUAUCAGCUUGAUGUAAGACAAAACCAUGGUAAUAUUCUGCAUAUGUUUAGUAAAUUCUACUGUUACUUUCAUCUACAAAUAUGAUCCUUUACAAAAUACUGGUUCUUGAAUUUUAUUACAUUUUAUGACAUUCUAAAGAAGCAAUAUAAUGUGUAGAUACAGUGCAUCAGUGUGUAUCAGCAUCUACCACAUUUGUCCUCAUACAGUUAAGUGACUGUACAGACUGUUAACUGUUAUUUUUAAGAUUAAUUUAUUUAACACAGUGGAUGCCAACUGGAAAAGUGAAUCUGUAAGUAUGUGCUGAGAAACCGUAGUCUACAUAUAUGUAUCUAUAUAUGUAGUGUGUGUUUGUAGUUUUUCCAUUUCUUAAGAUGACAUUUGGUGAUGUUUGAAUUUUUGCACUGUGAUACAAGAGAGAGUAGUGUGAGGAAUGUUGCAUUUACGAGUAACGGUACAAGUUACAAGCACAAAUUUCCAAAGCUUUUGGAACAUUUUGAGCGCAGUUUAACAGGGUAAAUGUGAUCGGAACUUGCAAAGACAACUUGUCUUAAAGCGUAAAGGCGGCACAAAUACGCCUGGCUCUAACUAACACUUAAAUUCCUUAGCUCAGGUAAAGUGUAUAAAAUGUAUGUGUGUGUAUAUACAAACAUACAUACAUACAUGUUACACUGACAUACCUACUGACACUGCAGUACAUUUCUGUAAACCAUGACCUGUUUACUGGAAAAUGAAGGAGUGUAAUAUCACCCCAACAUUCUGUUGAGGAAAGAAUUCCCUACUGUUAAACCCAGGCAACUGACCCCAAGUCAGCUUACAUGCACCUGAUCAGCUGUAAUAAAUGAGGAUAUUUAUAAGAAGGAUUUUAGCUUUUUUUUCCUAGCUGUAUUUUGAAGUGAACUUUGUUUUAGUAAAAUAACGCUUUUCUAAGGUCCUGUGCAACAAAACUCUAUUACUGACAUUGACACGCAUAGCAAAUCCUGUCCUAAAAUGUUGCUGUAGAAUUACAUGUCCUUUAGUUUAAAAUACCUGCAAUGUUUCAGCAUGUAACACCAAACCAUAAUGUUGUGUAUGCUCAUUCAAGUGCCUGCUAUGAAGGUCUGUGUGCCUUUAGAGCAAACCAUUAAGCAUGAUUUGUUAUUGAUUUGGUUAAUGAUUUGUUUGAGCUGAUUAUCCUGUCACUCCGUCAGAUUGAAAUUUCGUUCAGCACGGGUCACAUGAACAAUGAAGAACAAGUUUUUCUGGUUUCAGGUUUCUAGCAAUACAUGUAAUGUUUUACUGAGUGCUUUGGAUUCUACAACAGCUUUAAAAUGUUGCUCUGUUUUCGCUACUUAGCUAAAAGGUCACAUCCCAUACGGGCUGCACUAGGGUUUAUAACUGAAGGUGACUCCAGCAAGACUACUAGGGUUUUCUACUUGAAAUUUAGGGUCUUUGUUUGUUUGCUUUAAAAAUUCUAAUACUCGUCUUUGAUAAUCAGUGUAUAUAACAUUUACCAAACUGGUUCUGUAAAUACAAACUUGCAUUCGCUUUGUAUCAAUUGUUCCCACUCUGUAUAUUUGGAAAAAAAAACUCACAAAUAAAUGGACUUUUACCUUCUG